AUGCUUCGCGUUCUGCACCCCGAGUCCCGCUUUGGUGGGGACCACUACCGCGAAAACGUGGUGGGAAAGGACCUCUACUCCCCGCUGCUCGACUACAGCCUCAGGACCUUCGCCUCCAGCGACCAAUUGGCCUACGCCGGACUCCCAAAACCCUCCAUCGCCAGCCCUUCGCUACCAGCAGCUCCCGGCGCUAUGGACUUCAACGACGAUCACAGAGCCCACAACUCCAGGACUCUGAUGCCUAUCCGCUCCAGCAGCGCCUACAUGUCGCCGCAGAGCCAGACCAGCUCCAGCAAUGGCUCCUACUCGCUCGCCCCCUCGACCAUGCGCCACGACAGCUCGUUUCCCUCGCCGUACAGCGACUCGCCAGUGCACUCUAAUUCUUCCUACUUUCCGCCUGCCCACGCCACCCACGCCCACCCCUCCCAGGCCACCAAGAGUCUGGCCCUGGCAAAGCUGCCGGGUGCUCUUCCGGCCCACUCCCUCGCCCAUCGUUAUACCAGCGGCAGCUAUUCCGAGUCUCAGACCAGCGACAGCGACCGCCUCAGCCUAACAAGAACGACCAGCGCUUCGCCCGUCGCGCCGAACGUCAACUCCAUCCCGCCCGUCCCGUCUAAUCUUAAUGCCAACAUGCAGCCUACAUGGCACGGCUUCGUCCACACCACCCAGGACGCUCUGACCAUCAUCGAGGCCUGUCUUAAUGGUACUCUUGUCCAUUGCCCGCGCCGACCGCACGACAGAGAAAGGGCCUCCCUUAUCCGGAGCGGUUCCGUCUUCGUAUAUGAAGAGUCGACCUCCGGUAUCAAGCGAUGGACCGAUGGCCUGUCCUGGAGUCCCAGCCGUAUCAUGGGCAACUUCCUCGUCUACCGCGAACUCGAGCGUCCAUUUCCACCAGGCGAGAAGAAGAGGGCAAACCGCCAGCGUACCAAGAGUGCUCGCACCGAGCCGUAUUCCCGGUCCAGUGGCCCCCCUUCUCACUACGGCGACGAGCCUUCAUACGAAAUCCCCGAUUCAAAAGAUAGGAAGAUCACCGGUUCACUGGUCGACUCCUAUGACUUCAAACGCGGUGGCUUGCUCAAGAGGACCCUGAGCGUCACUGUUAACGGCUGCACACACCACUUGAUCGCGUACUACACUAUCGAGGAUGCCAAAGAUCAGUCCACUCUCUUUCGACCGGGUCACGAUCAUCGUCUAGCGAAUUGCCAUCCUCGCAAGGAGCUUAUCACUGAACAGAAGUUCCGGAGCCCUAUCCAGGACCCCGAUGAUGUGCUUCCGUAUCCACCUUAUAUCGGCAUGUCUGGCAUGUCUGGCCCCAUUGGCUCAUAUGCCUCUCAGUAUCACCCUCACCAGCCUUACCAGCCUGUCAUGCACGGCAUUUCGAGCGCCAUGCACCCCGCAUAUCACACCUCUUCGCAGCCCAUGGCCAGCCUUCACGCAUCCGCAAGCAGUGGCGCGGGCUAUUCCGCGAUUCGCACGAGCUCUUCGAGUCCUUCGGCCGUAUUUGGAGGGAGUGGACAGAUGAUGCCUGGGUCUAGGCAAUCUCAAGGCCUGAUAAGCCCGUUGAACAGUUUGCAGUUGGGGCAACCGCAUGGACACCAGCCCCGGUCUGGAUUUGAAAACGUCGCCACGGAGAUGCAAGGGCCGGGUUCCCUCGACUACCCGCCGUACCAACACGAGACGUCGUACACAACGGCAGCAGGCUCAGCUUUCGGCCAGAACUUUGGGUUUGAGCAGUCCAGCCACGGAAUGGCGAGCCAAGCGCCGUACCACGGCAGCAUCAGCGACAUCAGCGAGGAUUCGCAGGUUUCUCCGGAUCACAUGUUUGGAGAGGGGUCGGUGCAACCGGGUGGAGCAUAUCCAUGCUACUCGAGCUCUGAAGCACAGCACUCGCGGCACGACACACUGGGCGCCUUCGACGAGAAGGCCCCUCAUUUUUCGAACAACUUCAGCUGA